CUUUAACACACACACCUUGUCACAGUCCUCUGCUGUUUGGACUUCAAACCCUCUAUUUUAAUGAGAUGCAUUUCCCUGUGUCGAUUAAGAGCUCUUGUCGGCUGGAGACUUCUCGUGUCACACUAUUUCUUUAGGAACGCAACAAGAGAACCAGAGCCAAACAGGUGGUCAAAUCCCAGUCUACUUAUUCAGGGAUGGAUGUGGGAAUGCUGGAGAUCCCAGCUGAUCUAUCAGCUCGAUUGCGUAGUGCAGCAGGCCGUCCCCAGGGGUCAGGGGUCACAGAGGUAGCUCCACCACAGGUCAAAGCUGAUCAACGCCUCUCCCUGCCUCCUGAUAUCGACAGCUAUCCGUUCUCCCGAUACGCCAACACAGUUCUCAAUGAUGGAUGGUGCCAGGCUCAGGGUCAGUCCCUGCAGAGACCCCUCACCUCUCUGGAGCCGGGGGACACCCGCAUAGCUCUGGAGAUAUACAAACUGAUUCUACGCUUCUGUGGAGACUCAGAGAUGACUGGAUGGCAGGAGCAGAUGUUAGGGAAUUACAUAGUGGAGAAAGGCCUAAGUAGACUUUCACUCAGGGAUGAGAUCUUGGCUCAGCUAGUCUAUCACAUAUGGGGUCGUCAGGGCGAGGAGCACUCAUUGAGGGGCUGGUUUCUCCUGGCCUCCUGUCUCAGUGCCUUCACACCGUCUCCUUCACUGGAUAAACCUUUGCUCAAGUAUGUGUCUGACCAGGGUCCAGGUGAAUAUCGCUCUCUGUGUCAGCAUAAGCUUCUCACAUCUCUCCAGCUGCCAUCUCCUGCCUAUAGACAACACCCACCUACUCAGCUUGAAUGGACUGCAAAUCAAAGAAAGGGGAAGAUGGUUGUAGAGGUCAACACCUUUAUUGAGGAGAAGUUAACGGCAGAAGUGGAGUCCUGGACCACAGGAGAACAACUGGCAUCCUGGCUUUUGAGCUUUAGAGGUGUGCCUGAGCUUCAGCGAGGCUGGUCUGUGUCUCUUUUUGCUGGCGAGGGCUGGUCUGAUCUAAACGGCUGUGACUAUGUGAUGGAUCUGCUGGCCGGUGCAGAGACUGAUACUCCCUUAGGACAAACAUCUGCCCACCCUGAUUAUCUGUUCAGUGACAUGGGGGACAGGAUGAUGUCCUCAGAUUUGGAUGACUUUAUCCCUCCAGCCCCUUCCAUGCAGGCUCCUGGCCUCCCUCCUUCUGAAGCUGCUCAGUGGGACACUUAUGGUCAAUCUCAGGGAUCCCAAGCACCUAGGCUGGAUUCCUAUGUGGAUGACCUUUUCGAUCCCGUGCUGGAUCAGGGACCUCCGGACUUUGAGCGAACGGCCAUGCUGAACCGCAGGAUGAGGGGAGGAGGAGGGAUGCAUCCAAGCAUGUAUAAUGCAGCAGGAGUUCCAAUGUCAAUGCCAGCUUAUAAUAUGGGAAUGCCCAUGAAUCCAGCCAUGCCAGCCUAUGGAGCCACACCAAUGAUGCCAAAUAUGAUGCCAGGAAUUGCCCAAAUGCCUAUGAUGCCAUCUAUGCCAUCUAUGGUGAUGCCAGGUGCAAUGGCACAGCCCGCUAUGCCCACCAGCCCUCCAGCCAUCAACCCACAGCAGCUGGCUGAACAGCAGCAAGCUUUCAUCAACCAGCAAGCUUUGCUCAUGGCCCAGCAGAUGACACUGCAGGCAAUGACACUGUCCCAACAGCAGCAGCAGGAGCAGCUGCAAAAACAGCGCAAGCAACAGCAGCGAUUAGAGCAGCAGCAAUCACAACAGCCGCAGCAACAACGCUCAGAUCCUCAGAGAUCACAGAGCACCACCCCUGCAGAAGAGCCCGCUCGCACCACAGCGCAUAAACCCAACACUCCACCUGUGAGGCAGAAUACCCCAGUGCUCCAGCAACCUGCAAAAGAAGAAAACACUGCCACUACCCAGAAGCCAGAAUCUUUUCAGGACAAAAGAGCCUUCUUCCAGAAGAUUGGGACCCAUGAAGCUCCCUCAAAGCCUCCUCCAAAGGUGGCUAAACCACUUAUCUAUGCCCCUCCACCACCCGAAGAGGCCAAAGCUCCAUCUCCAUCUCCAAUUUCUAAAUCUACAUCUCCAAAUAUACGUGAAGUAAAACCACUCCCAGAACCCAGUAAACCACCAGAGUCCUCGACAUCGGAUGAUGAAUCACCUCCACUGUCACCUUCUAAACCAGAACCCAGCAGCAACAUUCGAGAUAUCAUCAAGCGGUUCCAGAACCGGCCUCCUCCAGAACCCAAGGCUUUUGAGCCUGUCAGGAUUCCUGCCAAGCACUUUGUGAAAAAGAGCGACCCUAAAGAGGAGGCACUGGCCAUUCUUAGAGCAAAAGGACCGGUCGCUCCACAAAAGAAACAAUGGGUUGCUCCUCCACCACAAAAGAAAGAGCCACUAUUUACUUCUGCUCCUCCACCUCCUCCUCCUCCGGCUCCUCCAUCUCAGCCUGAAAAACCUGGUCCUCGCUCCAUCUCCAACAGCAUGAAACAGAAGCAGCGUUCUCUAGCUGACCUCUUUGGCUCUCAGCGCUCUCAUGCCCCUCACACUAUUCCUCCAGAACCCCCAGCCCCUGCCCCUAUUCUCCCACUUAACAUCCCUGACCCACCCCUUAUGCCUGCACCUGGACUAAGUCAGAAUCAGAGAAUGUCAGAUGAGGAGAGUGUUCGCUCCCAGCUACACAAAUUUACAGCUAGUGUCUACUUCUCCUACCCACAUAUGCCUGGGAAGUUCUUCUUGCGGAAAGAGUUGUUCUACCCCAGAGAGAAGUUUACUCAUCCAUAUAUCCUGAAUUUACUGUGUGAGCAGAUUAUGAGAGACACCUACUCAGAUGCCUGUGUGCGAAUUUCACGUGAAGAGCGACGCAAAAUGAAAGAUUUGCUCGCACGCUUCCACGUCGGAACAAGCAUCAGCACCAUUCAGGAUGACGCCAUGAAGAAAAGGGUUGUCAUGGCAGCCAGAGAUAACUGGGCAAAUUACUUCACACGUCUCUUCCCCAUUAACGGUGGAAAUGGAGAUGAUACUCAGAUACUUGGGGUUUCACAUCGUGGUAUCAAAAUGCUGAGGAUAGUUAAAGCAUCCGGCAUCAACCCAAAACACCUCAAACUGCUCCGGAGUUACAGCUACGCAGAAAUGUUGUCUGUGGAGCAAAAGGAUGCUGAGACUGUUGUAAUCGGCCUGAAGAGUGAGGAGCUGCGACUGCAAUCUCCACAAGCUCCUCAGAUUACUCAUGUUGUGCGACUCUUCCUCAUUGAGCUGACCAAGGGUUCAGACUAUGUUAUUGCUCUGAAGAGCUAUGUGACAGAUGACAAGAGCCUGCUUAGCUUCCAGAAAGGUGAUGUCAUCAAACUGCUGCAAAUGGAUGGGCUCCAGGAAGGAUGGAAUUUCGGCUCGACUGGAGGCAGAUCUGGUCUUUUCCCAGCUGAUAUCACUCAGCCGUGUGCACCUCCAGACUACCACAGCAUGUCCAUUAGCCGACAGAUCGAGAGGAAAAAAAGCAUGAGGGCUUCUCGUACCUCCCUGGUGCCACCUGGUGGACGCUUGAGCCGCAAAAGUGUGGAUUCGAGGGCCAGCGAGCACAGCAUUGAGCGCAGCGUUGAGCGCAGCGUUGAGCGUAGCGUUGAGCGCAGCGUUGAGCGUAGCGUUGAGCGCAGCGUUGAGCGUAGCUCUGAGGUGGGGUCAGUCCACAGCUCAGAGAUAGACCUCCAACAGCACCACAUGACUGAGUUCGCCAGGAAGUACUUCAGAGAAGCUAUUCUCAGGCCAAAUGAGAGAGGCCAACCCAUUGGAGUUAGAGAGCUUGAACAGAUGGUGCAAUACACAGCAGAACCAAUCAAUGAGUCUCUAAUCCUGUUCUCAGACAAUGAGCUCAGUGUUCUGGGUGUUCAGUCUUUCAUGCAUGUGAUGCAGUUCAUGACUGACCAGCCCUUAAGGAAAGACCAGACGGAAGGAAAGUGUGCCAAUUUUAUUCUACAGCUUGCGAAAGAGAAGGAGUUCCUCCGGGAUGAGCUCUACUGCCAGAUCAUUAAACAAACCUCUAACAAUCCACACAAAGAGAGCUGUGCACGUGGCUGGCUUCUGCUAAACCUGAUCACCGGCUUCUUCCCCUGUUCUGUCACAUUACUGCCGUAUGUAACACGCCAUCUACAGAGCUGCUGUCAGGAUCCCAACCAUCCCUACCGAGAGAAGGCUCUUGCGUGUAAGGAUAAUCUCAAACAGUCACUCACCUAUGGAGGACGCAGAUAUAUUCCUUCUCAGGUGGAGAUGGAAGCCAUUUUGGCGGGUCGGAGCACUCGGAGGUUGCCAGUCAUGCUCCCGGGUGAAGUGGAGUUCCCAUGCAAAGUCCGUAGCUUCAGUGUGGCGAGUGAAAUCGUGAUGGACAUUUGCACAGAGAUGGGUGUGAGUAAUCCGGCUGAGGUGAACGAAUUUUCCCUCCUUGCCACACGCAGACAGGACGGACUCGUGCGUCCCAUUCACCCAGACGAGUAUGUGUUGGACUUCCUGCUGGAUGAUGGCUCAGUCUUGCUCUCCUUCCAUCGUCUCAUCUGGAAACAUCCCCUGCAUUUUGAGAACGAUCUCUAUGUCGAGUUUCAUUACCAUCUGAUCCUGAAUAAGUAUCUGAGGGGGAAAUUCCUCCUGCCUGGUAACAGCUCCACACUUCAGCAGCAGGUGGCAGAGUUGGCUGCACUUCAGCACCUGGCUCUGGGAUUUACUCAGCAGCCUACGCCGCAAGAGCUCAAGCAGUAUUUUCCCUGUAUGGAUGGAAUCAGUGCCAAUGACCAAAAUCUGCACAGUGCUGCACUGAGUCAAUUUUCUCUCAUUGCAAACACCAACCCUGCUGAAGCAAAAAUACACUUCAUCAAGACUCUCAGUUCACUGCACUUUUUUGGCUCAAACGUAUUCAUGGCUAAGAAAGUCAGUCACAAAGGUUGUCCAUCACCCUGUCUGGUGGCAGUCAACCACGAGAGCAUCAACAUUCUUCACCCGCAAACACAGUUGUCAGCCCUAACAAUUCCAGUGGAGGAGGUGCAAUCCUUGCGCUCUUUCAGUCCCAAGAAGGAAAAAGUGCCAGCAGUAGAGAUCAACUUCGGCAACCCGGCUCAAGUUAACACCAUCGCUGUUUAUCUGAAACAGGCCAGGGAGCUUUGUCACAUCAUUGCUAUCAUCAUGGAUCUAGUGACACCGACUCCCAGGAACUAAACAUGAACAUUUUAAUAUGCACUACAUCAUUCUGCAAACUCCCCUGCAAGCAGCUCUGUGCCUGGACGCGUGCUGAUGAAAAAUAUGAGAAGUUUUUAAUUCAUGUUUACUUUUAAAGACUACUGUGAGAUCCUUCCUUUUGAUUAGUUUGAUUUAUUACUUAUAUCCUAAACAUGUAGUUAUCAACUUUAAAUGUUCUAAAAUUUACUGAAUUCUGAGAUUAUCACUACACUAAAAAUUUAUAUAAAUAUGUGUUUAUGUUUGAUUAUUUCCUUUGAAUAAUAAAGGCAACAUUACAUUUGAUUUUUAAUAGAAUUUUUUUUUAAAACAUAUAUCCAUAAUAUGUCUAUUUAAGUCUUCAGUAUAUAUAUAGUGAGAGAGAGAGAAAUAGAAGUGUAAGUCUUGUUAAGUCAUGUUAAGUUCAUUUUUGUGCUGUGUAAUUCUAAUACCAUGUAGUUGUGCUUAAUUAUUAUUAUACUGAAAAGAUGCAUUUUUCUAAUUAAGUAAUCAUGUCAUGCAUAUACCGACAUAUAUGUUGGGUAAUUUAAUUACCACUCCAAAGCUGAUCAUUUCCCAAUAAAACUGAG